UUUGGGGGCUGGCCUGUCAAACUUACUCGUUGAUACUUUCCAGUAGCUGCCUAACCACUAACGGUGAUUUUUUUCCUCCCUUCCUCCUCCUUUGGACAAGCUCUCCACAAAGAAGAUGCUGCUGAGCCUGAUUGCUCUGCUCUCUGCUGCCCUGUUAGCCAACGCAGCCCCUCCGACUUGCUACUCGAGGGCCUUGUCUCUGAGCAAAGAAAUCACGGAGUCCUUUAAGGAGUUGCAGACCUCCAAAGCUGUGGACUCAUGUGUGGAGAUGCUGCCCAGGCUGUACCUGGACAUACAUAAUUACUGUGUGUUGGCAAAACUCCGCGAUUUUGUGGCCUACCCCAGAUGUGAGGGAGUGUUUGAAGUGAGCGAGCUGAAGGAAAAAGCCCGGAGCCUGUACACCAUCAUGAUUUCGUACUGCAGAAGGGACUUGGUGUUCCUCACUGAUGACUGUAGCGCUUUGGAAAGUCCUAUUCUACCUCCCACUGAGCCUUCCAUCAUUGACAGCUAAAAUGGAGUCAACCCGAAAGUUGCACCUGGGGAAUUUUCAAGAAGAUGAAGCGUCAAAAUAUGUAUACACGGUCAACUACCACGUUAACAACAAAGAUCUUUUUCAAGCACACUAGCAAUAUUAUCUCAGACCUACCCAUUUUUCUCAGCCUUGGCAGGAAAUUAACUGCAUGCCUUGCAUACUUACUGAGCUGCUAGGGAAACUACAGUUAGAGAGCAUUUUUUUAAUUUGGCAAGGUAUGAUUAAUUCAGCUUAGCCAAAUGUAUAAGGUAUGUUUUGUUUAAACAUUAGAUACUAGAUGUUUUUUACUCUUUUUAUGAAUAACUACAUUCAUAUAAAGAAAACAGAUUACGAUCAAAUUUUAUCCUUUCCUGACUUAGAAGUUCUUCUUUUAAAAGAUGGGCAUGGAAGGGACGAUAUUUGUUUUUUCUUAAAGUGUUUGAUACGAGAAGUGUAAUUCUGUACUGGCAGACAACUCUUUAAGUGUAUAGCUCGUAUAUGUAUACUAAUAGUUCUUGAUGUCAGACUUGUAAGAACAGAGGUGAAAGUAACUGUCUCUGUGGAAAACUAAAUAAAAACAUCCUUCUAACCCAA